UUUAUUUUGGAUUAGGAUUCCCAUGGCAUGUGAACUAGAAGAUAAUUUGAAAUAGAAGGUCUCUCUUUAUUUUGAAGUGACAGUCUUUAUCAAAAUGGUUGGAAAACUCAAACAGAACUUGCUAUUGGCAUGUCUGGUGAUCAGCUCAGUGACAGUGUUUUAUUUGGGCCAACACGCUAUGGAGUGUCACCAUCGAAUAGAAGAACGCAGCCAGCCUGUGAGGAUGGACAGUGUGAGAAGCACAAUAAGAACUGCUUCAGAUGUAAACGCAAACAAAACCUUUGCUUACAACAAAGACAUGCCUUUAAUAUUUAUUGGAGGAGUACCUCGAAGUGGCACUACCUUAAUGCGUGCCAUGCUUGAUGCCCAUCCGGAUAUUCGAUGCGGGGAGGAGACAAGGGUGAUCCCGCGAAUUCUGGCAGUUAAGCAGAUGUGGGCGAGAUCAAGCAAAGAGAAGAUCCGACUGGAUGAAGCUGGAGUCACAGAUGAGGUUCUGGACUCAGCCAUGCAAGCAUUUUUAUUGGAAAUCAUUGUGAAACAUGGAGAGCCUGCUCCAUAUUUGUGUAACAAAGAUCCUUUUGCUUUAAAAUCCUUAACUUAUCUUGCUAGAAUUUUCCCCAAUGCCAAAUUUCUUCUAAUGGUACGGGAUGGUCGUGCAUCUGUGCAUUCCAUGAUAUCUAGAAAAGUCACAAUAGCUGGGUUUGACCUUAACAGCUACAGGGACUGCUUGACCAAGUGGAAUCGUGCUAUAGAAACUAUGUAUAACCAGUGUAUGGAGGUUGGUUUUGAAAGAUGUAUGCUGGUACAUUACGAACAACUUGUAUUGCAUCCUGAAAGAUGGAUGAGAACUCUCUUAAAGUUUCUUCGCAUCCCAUGGAACCAAGCAGUGCUGCACCAUGAAGAAAUGAUUGGCAAAGCAGGGGGUGUUUCUCUUUCAAAAGUUGAAAGAUCUACUGACCAAGUAAUCAAGCCAGUCAAUGUGGAAGCAUUGUCAAAGUGGGUUGGGAAGAUACCUGCUGAUGUCCUGCAAGAUAUGCCAGUGAUUGCACCCAUGCUAGCAAAACUGGGCUAUGAUCCCUAUGCCAAUCCACCAAAUUAUGGAAAGCCAGAUCAAAAAGUUGUGGAAAACACAAGGAGGGUCUAUAAAGGUGAAUUUCAGCUUCCUGACUUUCUUAAAGACGUGCCACAGACUGAACCUAUGGAAUAGAAGAUACAAUGGAUAUUUCUUGCACAGAAGAUUGCUGCCUUUUCAAUGGAACUGAUCUCACACGGACUGUCCCACUGCCAUCAGUGAGGUGUACUGCUCAUGGCUUGCUUUUUUCAGAAUUUUCUCCCCCGUUUCUUUCAUAUUCUUUUUGAUCAAAAUUUUGCUGUUGUGAGCGCGUGAAAACCUGUUUAAAAACAAAAAAAAAAUCACCGAUGUUAAUGUAGAACUGUAUUCCAUUCGCACAACUAUUUUUUUAAGGUUUUAAAAAAUGCAAAGCAAUUCCUGUCUCCAAAAUCACUGUUCUGUCUUAAUUCCAAAACUCCAUCUUCAAAGAUUUUUUUUGUUUUUUGUCCUGUAGCAGGUUGGUUUUAAAUGUAUGAAGUUUUCAAGAGUGGUCUGUGCUUGUCCUAAAAGAUUUUUUUUUUUUUUGGUGGAACAGUUGUUUGUUUUCUUCACAUGUGGAAAUUGUUAAAUAACUUUUAUUUAAAAAGUUGGUAAUUUACAUGUACAAUUACAAUUCAAUGAUCUUUUUGUAUUUUAUUUUUCAAAAUAAAUGCUUUAAAUG